GAAAGCAGCCGUGACUGGGGGACGGCGGGCUCUGAUGCAGGCUCCGGGCGAUUUCCUCAAGUGAAUACCUCUAGUUCUAAUGGGGCUGCUCCCGACAGCCAAAAAAAAAAAAAGAAAAAGCUCGACCGCGACGCACCUUUGCGCCGGGUUGCGGUUGCCGCUGCGCCAAUGGCAUCGAGGCUGGGGCCGCGGACAAAGGCAGGUGGGGUGGAAUUGGAUGUAAUGCCGGAUUUGCUGCUGCCUUGCACCAGUCAGUCGGCCCCAGCAACGCAAUGCGGGUGAGCGGUGGGAAAGGCCGGUAGACGGAAGUCAGGCACGCACACACACGGUGUACGGACAGGGAGGGGAGGGUCUGGCCCAGUCACCACCGAAAGAGAGAAGUACCUGCCGCGCCCGAAGCCAGGCCGCACUGGAAGCGGGUAUGGAGGAUUGAGGUUCGACGAGCGACGAGCGACGAGCCCCCGUCACCCGACGAAACGGAAGCUCGGCGCGAAAAGUGACCUCAGCUGCCCCCUCCAAGCCAACCUACCCUUCCUAUGGCUGAAAGGUCCGCCCCUCCCUCCCGUUGUGCCUUCUUCUUUUUAUGGUGGCUGCCGGCGCCCUCUGUCGUUUGUUCCGACCUGUCCAGUUCCAUCUCGUCUUUGCCUCAACUUUCUCGUCCGAACCUUUUUCUCUUUAGGCUUCCCCCCCACCGUUGGCUGCCAGCCGACUAGGCCAAUCUCGAAUCGCGCUAGAGCCCUGUUACCGGACGCCGCAUAGCCUGGCCCAGUGUCCAACUCCAGCCCUUGGUGAGACGGCGCAGUAGCGUCGGCAAGCUCUGUGGCUUCGACCGGCGAGCUAUUGUUUGCCUGCUGUGCCUGGCUCGGACCGACCGGGCCCGACGACGUCGUCAUCGACCCCUGGGAGCGCCGUCUGUUUCCAAUACUACCGCCAAAAUGGGCAAAUCCUCGGACUCCAUUGAUAAACAAUGGGCCAAAAAAUACAUUCUGGAUCCAUUGACUGCCCCUGAACCCAGCCAGGAGUGUGGUCCCGGAAGCUCCUUUGCCAGUCCCCCGUGUCGCCGCGUCUCGUUCAAUAAGAACGAGAACAAGAGCCCCAACACGGGCAAAACCACCAAACGGACCCCGUAUCCGUCGCCGCCGAGCUCAACCAGCCCGAGCCGCUCUUCCUUCCAGCCAGAGAACCCCUUCUCUGACAAGCCUGCGAUCCCCUCGGACGGACAGGCGACCAACAGGCCUGCUUUCGGCCGCAGCAGUAGUAGCGGCCACCCGCCGCGUUACUCGGAUAGCCGGUCUCCCGUCAACUCUGGAUUCGGCCGAAGCCAAUCCGUUCGCCAGCCCCCUUCGGCCCAUCAAAACCGUGCAUCGGGCCACGCUCGUAGCAGCAGCGCCAGCAUUGACAAAGGAAAGGGCCUGGAGACUGGAGGAGGCCUCAAGCGCUCUGGAUCGCUCACCCAGAGAUUCCCUGGCGACAUGUCGCACCGCCCUCUCGACAUGAUCAAGCGGGACGUCCGCGCCGCUGACCGCGCUCCGCACCUGCGUAAGACGCGGUUGCCGGACACGGACACGAUUGACGGACUCGACACGAUCGGCGGCACAUACCACCAUGGCGGACCCUACGACGCUACUCUCAUCUCGAGGAACACUAACAAGAUGUACUCGCCAGUUGAGGCCGUCAAGGACUCCAACAUGGAGGCGAUCAAGGCGACGCCCAAGGAGUACAUCCAGGACUCGCUUGUUAAGCACGUGCCUCUGCAAGGGACGGCCAUGAUCCCGCCAGGCGGUGUUGAUAUGACCGGCAACGUCAUGAAGUAUGAGGAGGGUGCCGAUCUUAUGCGCGAGCCGGACGCCCCCGGCGGCGCUUAUAAGAGAUGGGACGGCAUUCCUUACCACCCUAAUGAUCUCAAGGGCAAGGGUGAACCUUCUUACACGAUUGAGCGCGAUCUCCAACAGAAAAAGGCAUUGCGGCGCAAGGAGGUUGGCUCGGGCACCAGUGGCCGCAAUGGCGUCUACGAGAUGCAGCCGCGGUCGUCAGCUCACGGUUCGGGCAAUGACGCUAGCCGCAAGGACCUCGGCGCGCAGGUCCGGCAACGGAGCAUCAGCAGUGCCGCAGCGAGCGGCUCACGUUCCAACAUGCUGUCUCCUCCCAUGGGUCCGGACAGAGGCGGUUCCGGCACCCCUGGCAACGAUAUGCGCAGGAGCAACACCACAGGAAAGCGCAUCACGGAGGGGCUGAAACGCCGCUUUGGGAGCUUUCGGCGGAAGCGCAACUCGGAGGAUGACUAACUAUUGUCAUUAUCCUGUGGGAUAUGCUUGAAGCUUGUUCCUUCAUGUGUGGAGGCCUGCAGCCGAACAAGCCAUUAUGAACAAGCUUGUCCAUGGAACAGUUAUUUUGUCUUGUUUUGUUACUUUUCGUAGUGUUGCGCUGGUAUUUGGUUCAUUGGGCGUAAUCAGGCAUACAUUUUUGGAGAUGGGUGCGAGGCAAGAAACACAACUCAGGCAUUGUGUUGGUAGGUGGCAACAUAGGUAGGCGGUUAUAGAUUUUGCAACGAGACACGACAGUCAAGCUAGGGUUCAGACAUGGAGUGCCCAAACCCUCACGGGAUGCUCUAUAAAAGUUGGGGGCGAUCCCGAUGACUUGUUUGUGC